CGCCAUGUUUAUUGAAUGUCAGUUUUUUGUGACGCUGUCUGGUCGUGUUGUGCGUAUUUUUUCGAAAAUUUAACAUAAAAAGAUUAUUUUCUGUGAUUAGUGGUCAUAAUAAUAAAGACUCAGGGUGCAUUAUUGCAUCCGCUGAACCAUGAGCUACCAAAUACCAUCGUCGCAAAGCCGCACGAUGUCACACAGCAACUAUGGUGGCUCCGAUGUGCCAAUGGCUCCGAGCAAGGAGCAGCAAACACUCAUGUGGCAGCAGAAUUCCUACCUGGUGGAUUCUGGUAUCAACUCCGGAGCAGCCACUCAGGUGCCAUCUCUCACUGGCAAGGAAGAUGAUGAGAUGGAAGGAGAUCAACUCAUGUUCGACUUGGACCAAGGGUUUGCCCAGGGUUUUACUCAGGAGCAAGUUGAAGACAUGAACCAGCAGCUAUCACAGACGCGUUCACAACGUGUCCGAGCUGCUAUGUUCCCUGAGACCCUGGAGGAGGGCAUUGAGAUUCCCUCCACCCAGCUGGACCCAGCGCAGCCAACUGCUGUCCAGCGGCUGUCCGAGCCUUCGCAAAUGCUGAAGCACGCUGUUGUUAACCUGAUCAACUACCAGGAUGAUGCUGAUUUGGCCACCAGGUGA